GUGUCUAUUUUCAAAAAAGUUUUUAGUUGAUCUUUUGGGGUGUCUUGUAUUUUACAAUGGGAAAUUUUUGUAGGCAAAAAUUGUUUUAUGUGCUCUCCAUUUAGAAAAAUUUUUGAAGUUGCGUUUGUUUGUGUACAUUUAAAAAAGUAUUUUAUUUCUUCAGUAAAAGUGCAGUCCCAGACGUGUUUACGUUAUACAAAUAAUCUAUUGACUUUUGGGCAAAACAAGGAAGGGAAAAUUUGAAAAGUGAAGAGACUGGGUGGGGUAAGGGGUUUUUAAAUAAAAAGUUUUUUGGUAGAAUUUUUUCAUUUUUAUUUUUAGUUCAGUUUUUUUCAGUUUUUUGGAUUUUCUAAGAUCUCUAAAGGUGUGUUUUGGUGUUAA